GACCACUGCUGAUAGAAGUCCUGAUAUUACAAAACAAAAAGAUAUGUUUUUCUAUAAAAAAAAAAAAUUUAGGCAAUGUCUGAUAUUUGAAGGGAAUCAACAGUUGGGUUCGUGAAAAGAUUUGAUCGAAAAGGGUGUAUUUUUAUUGUCCUGCGUAAAAUCUAACCUUGGUCGGAUUCAAUUUUCUUGUGGAAGGAUAAUUUUCAAUGGCAGACGUACCUAGACACCUGCGCGCUUGUUUGGAUAUGGGGAAGAUAGCUUUCUUAGCAAUCCUAGUUUCAGGAGGGAUCGUGUUGCAGAUUCUGGCUUGUGCUCUCUUCGAUAAUUGGUGGCCAAUGCUAAGUGUGAUAAUGUAUGUGCUUCUCCCUAUGCCCUUGCUCUUCUUCGCUGGAUCAGACAGUUCAUCUCUAUUCAGCGAGUCAGACAGUAGCUGGAUCAAUGCAGCCAAGUUCUUGACUGGUGCAUCAGCAGUUGGAAGCAUCGCAAUACCUUCGAUUCUUAAACACGCCGGGCUCAUCGGUUGGGGCGCAUUAGCCUUUGAUCUCUCUUCCUACGUUGUCUUCCUCGUCGCUAUUCUGUCUUACAUUUGCAUAGGGGAUGGCAAUGACAACUAUUACAGCUACAUUUAAAACAGACAAGACAAAUUCGUCAUCAGAGUUAGUUUCAAGCUCAAAGUCUCAGCCUUUUCACCAUUUCCUGGUUCCAUUGAUGCUUAACCUCUUGUUGCAACGGAUCUACACACCUCACAAGACUCAAAUGAUUGGAUUCUCACAAGUUUUAGGGUAUUUUUGUUUCAAGUGUAUGUAUAAACGAAUGGUUUUGUAAGAUGAAAAUUUUUAUAUGGUUUGGUUUGGCUUUUGGUGUACAGAACAGAAUUAUUAUUUGGGAAAAUGUUUCA